AUGGUGUUUUAUUUUACCCUCGCCUCCGACCCUACGCUCUUUUGCUACAUGGGCCGUGAUAAGCACGAGAAUGAGUUGCUUAUCAAGUAUGGGUGGCCAGAGGACAUCUGGUUUCACGUCGACAACCACAGCAGUGCGCAUGUAUACUUGCGCAUGCCAAAAGGUAAGGGGAUCGACGAUUUAACGCCGGAGGUGAUCGAGGAGUGCUGCCAGCUCACCAAAGCCAACAGUAUUGAGGGAUGCAAGCUAAAUCACGUUCGUGUGGUGUACACACCGUGGAGCAACCUGUUGAAGACAAAUGGGAUGGAGAUUGGGCAAGUGGGAUUCCAGGUGGAAUCCCUGCGUCGCUACUACACAGUCGAAAAGAAAAAUAACGCUAUGCUUAACAAGUUAGAGAAAACGAAAAUCACAAAAGAAGACGUAGAUUUUCAGGCGUUGCGGGCGGAACGGGAUGCAGAGGAACGACGGGCAGAACGGAAGGCUCUGUUGGAAAAGCAACAGCUGGAAAAGCAAGAGAUGGAGGCGAGGAAAAAGGCAGCAGAACUCAAGUCCUAUGCCUCUCUCAUGGACGAAACGAAGAUGCGUAAUAAUCAAGACGAGGUCCCAGAUGAAGAUGACUUCAUGUAG